ACGAAGUGUCUCUCAGUGACACUGUUGGUGCCGGGGGAGUACUCACCUAGUUGUGCUUGCGGGGGUUGAGCUCUGGCUCUUUGGUCCCGCCUCUCAACUGUCUGAGACACUGUUUGUUGGUGUCAGAUGUCAGCAAAGUGCUAAACAUGCAGAAGCAAAGCUGUUGUGGGUCCCCAGGAGUGGACUAUUGCUUUUCCUCUCCACUUGGUUGUAUUAAUGUUACAUCUUGCUCUAGUGGCCUUCAUGCAAUGAAACUUGAUGAGAACAUAACUGAUGAAAAUUUUUCCCCUAAUAAAAGAACAAAGGUGCAGUUGCUGAGAGGUGACUUGGAAAAUGAACCAGAAAUUAUACAGCAAUGUCUUAAGUGGCUUCAGAUGUAUUUCACGAGCCCAAAACUUCUAAUCAAUGUGUCAAGGCCAGACAUAUGUUGUUUCAAGCAGUUAAGCCCUGGAUUCCAUACUCGAGUUUGGCAAACUCUUGCAGAUACUGUUGGUCCAGGAGAAGUAAUCACUUAUGGGGCUCUUGCAACGAUGUUGAAGAAUCCAGGUGCUGUGAGGGCUGUUGGCUCAGCUAUGCGCAACAACCCAAAUGCCAUAAUUGUUCCCUGCCACAGAGUUGUCCGUUCCAAUAGCAUGGGCUUAUACCAUGGAGGGAAACUACAAAAAGUCAAGUUGUGGCUAUUAAAUCACGAAGGUGUCAACAAAUUCACUUAGGGUAGUGAUUACAUUAUGCAACUUCAUCAUAUUUGUUACAUACUUCUCUUAUGAUUGAUAUGGUGGCAUACUGAAUGUAUCAUGGAGAACAAUAGCAAAUACAGUUUGCAUAUUACUGCUUCAAGGAAUUGUUAGCAAGAUAAAACUUUGAUGACAUAUUAUAGUGAAUAAUAUGCAUGUCACCCAGUCUAAUUAACCCGCCAGCUAUGUAGAGAACAUUCUUUCUAAUUCAUAGUAAUUAAAAAAAUGCUACAGUACUGUAGCAAUUUUAAAAUUGCUACAGUACUGUAGCAAUUUUAAAAUUAAAAUAUUUUUUUCUGCUAUAUGAUUUACUGUAUAUACAAAAAUCUGUACACACAAAAUCAUUUCAGUGAGAUAAUUUGGAGAGAACUAAUUAUAUUUUAUAUAUCUUUGUCUAAGUUUGUCAGUACUGUACUGUGUAAAGGUUAUUGCUAUAAGUUAAAUUCUUCAAGGUUUCUAGGUUACCAUCGUUUAAUUAUCAGUUGAAAAUUUAGUAUUUUGUUGUUAAGAAAGGUUAAUGAUUAAUUUCAUUUAAAUAUUUAUCUCUUCUGUAAAGGCACACUACUCAAUAUUGUGAAAUACAAGUACAGUAGUGACUUGUUAUUGUUAGCAUUGAGGAGUUAUUGGGAAUUCAAACUGUAAUUGCU